AUGACUUUUUACGUGGUUGUAAGUGGUCUGCCAAAAACUGUAAAAAAACAGAAGAUGUCACAUUUCUUUCGUCACUUCAUAUUUAAAAAGUCGAGGAUAAAGUUUUGGAUUGAGUCGAUGCAACCUUCUACGCAUUGUAACGAAAUGGUAAUUCGUUUUGAGACAGAGGCCCACGCUGAUAUUGCUGCUAGAAGUCUUCAGGAUUACCCUUUUCAGCAUACCGAUCAACAGAUAUAUAUCUUAAGAUGUUGGCUAAGAAGCGACAAGCCUGCCAGACAAGAAAUGCAAAAUUUUGAAGUGGAUGUAAGUGUUGAACGAGAAUUCCAGCCAGUUGAACCCCAAAGACCCUACUCCCCAGUCACAGAACGAGAUAGUAGUCCUCACCUACGUGAUGAACUUACUAAACUUCAGUUGGAGAUAGAACUAACAAACAAAAGACGUUUGCUCCUGGAGGCAGAACGGCAACUUGUACUGGAACAAAAGAGUUUGGAAAUGCUUCAAGCAAAUGGAUCAACAGCUGUAGUAGCAUUGGAAGAAACAACUACAGCAAUCCCUAAAAAUAAAUUGCACAUUCAAACAUCAAAGUUGUUAAAUCCACAGCAAAAAAUAAGAGAAUGUAACCAACCCCGACAUCUAAACAAUAAACUGGGCUUAAAAUCGAAACAUCUCUACUGGCCUUGCAAGAUCCUCUGGAAGGAGAUGAAACCCAUUAUUCGGGAUAAGGUCAUUGAGCUUCAUCAACCGCAGUUUAAUGCACUCUUUCGUAAUGUCGUAAAAAAACGACUACACGAUAUUCUCCAGGACGGGUUUAACCACAACACAAAAGGAUUAAUAUCCAGAUACAGGAAAACAUUUCCUGCACAUAUGGAUGAGGAAUUCGUUGUAACCCUCAGAAAUACACUCUUGCAAGGCCAGUUGUCUACAGAUUUUUCGCAAAAAGACACUUCUAACGCUAACAUGACAAAUACAAUAAAGGAACAGGUAGAUCCCACGGACUUACCCAUAUCUGAAAUGUGCGACGAUCUCGCUGAUUGGACAGAGGAUUGA